UCCAGCUACAGGCAACUGGACUCAUCAUCACCCUUUCUUUUUGUCUUCCUUUCCUUUUAAUGCUCAAAAAGAUGCUCCUUUUACUUGCUGCGCCCUGCGGGACUGGAGAAGCUUUUUAUCUCUCUCAUCUUCACCUCACGUUUGUUACUCUCUGUCUUUGGCGGCUUAGUUGAGGUUUGAAAUUCUGGACUUUGAGUCUUUGAUAUAUAGUAACAGCUGAUACUUGUUGAGAAGCUGUUUCUCUGGAAUGAAACUCUGAAAUGGUGAAAAGUCAUAGCAUAUUUUGAAGUUGGUACCUUUUGGCUUUGUGGGUGUUUGGUAUUGUUAUUGGAAAAUUUGAAGUGUUUGGGAGGUGUUGAGUAGUACUGGGUUUUGUUACUAAGAGUUGGAUUACUUUUUAAUUUUUGUUCUGGGUAUGUUCUAUUGUGGAUAGCUUUUUGUAACAUAGAUGAUCAUGGAUCCACGUUUAAAAGGAUUAUAUGGUUCUGUCAGUGGCUUAAAACUCAACGAUGAGAGCCUUUCUGUUUUAUCAGGUCAGAAUCUCGUUAGUGGAUUAAAGUUGGAUAAUUCUUUUGUUAGCCAAAACUAUGCCAAUAUUCCUCCUUUGCCAUAUGAUGUAACUCUAACCCCUAAUAAUUCAGUCUUGUCUUUGAGUAAGAGCCAAGUUGGGCAUUCCCAUGAGGAUUUUGAUUUCAGUGAUGUGGUUCUGAGGUACAUUAGUCAGAUGCUUAUGGAAGAAGAUAUAGAAGAGAAAACAUGUAUGUUUCAAGAAUCUUCAACAGCACUUCAAGCUGCUGAGAAAUCAUUGUAUGAGCUUAUUGGGGAGAAGUAUCCUCCUUCACCCAAUUGUGACUCAGUACUACCUCAUUUAGAUCAAAACCACAGAAGUUCAGAUCAAAAUCCUGACUUGAAUUACGUUAAUUGUACAAUCAGUUCAAGCAGCACUAGUGGUAGUAACUUAAUAGAUCCUGGUUUGAACUUGAACUAUGAUCUGAGCGAAUACAAGUCCUUGAGAUAUGCUUCUCAAUCACCUUCCCAGUCAUCUCAUAACUCUGGGAACAGCACAGGUGCUGUUGUUGAUUGGCUUGUGGAUUCUCCAGUGAGUACAAUUUCUGAGAUAUUUAGUGACAGUGAGUCUAUUAUGCAGUUUAAGAAAGGAUUCGAAGAAGCAAGUAAGUUCAUUCCAAAUGGUAGUCUGUUUAUUGAUUUGGAGAGUAAUGGGCUGUUUCUUAAAGACCUGAAUGAAGAGUCUAAGGAUGUGGCAGUCAAGGUUGAGGAGAAGCAGGAGAUUGGGUACUUUCCAGAUGAUUCAAGGAAAAAGAAGAAUCCUUAUUCAGAGGAUUUGAAUAUAGAGGGAGGAAGGAGUAACAAGCAGUCUGCAGUUUCAACGGAAUCAACCGUAAGUUCAGCAGAUUUUGACACCAUAUUGCUGAACUGUGGACAAAGUGAAUCUGCACUUCGGGAAGCUUUGCAGAAUGGAAAAAGCAAGAAUGUGCAGCAGAAUGGACAAAUAAAAGGAUCUAGUGGUGGAAAAGGUCGAGGUAAGAAACAGGGAGGUAGGAGGAAUGUGGUGGAUUUGAGAACACUUUUGACCCUUUGUGCACAAGCUGUUGCAGCUGAUGAUCGUAGAAAUGCAAAUGAUCUACUGAAGCAAAUCAGACAGAAUGCUUCUCCUACAGGUGACGGGAUGCAGAGAGUGGCGCACAUUUUUGCUGAUGGCCUUGAGGCUCGCAUGGCUGGUUCAGGAACCCAGAUUUACAAGGCAUUUAUGAGAAAGCAUACGUCAGCUGCUGAUGUCUUGAAAGCCUACCAUCUGUUUCUUGCAGCAUGUCCUUUUAGGAAACUGUCCAAUUUCUUCUCAAAUAAAACAAUUAUGAAUUUAGCUCAAAAUGCAACAAAACUGCAUAUUGUUGAUUUUGGUAUUCUUUAUGGUUUCCAAUGGCCUUGCCUUAUUCAGCGUCUCUCGUCUAGGCCUGGUGGACCUCCCAAGCUUCGAAUUACUGGGAUUGAUUUUCCACAUCCGGGUUUCCGACCAGCGGUAAGGGUUGAGGAGACAGGACACCGCUUGUCAAACUAUGCAAAAACUUUCAAUGUUCCAUUUGAGUUUCACGCGAUAGCACAGAAGUGGGAUACAAUCAAAAUUGAGGAUCUAAAGAUUGAUAGAGAUGAGGUCCUUGUCGUGAACUGUCUGUAUCGAUUAAGAAACUUACUUGACGAGUCUGUGGUUGUGGAGAGUCCACGAAAUAUUGUUCUCAAUCUGAUCAGGAAGAUGAACCCAGAUGUUUUUAUAACUGGGAUAGUGAAUGGAGCGUACAGCGCUCCAUUUUUUAUCACACGAUUCCGAGAGGCUCUCUUCCACUACACAACCCUGUUUGAUAUGCUGGAGACUAAUGUGCCUCGGGAAAUCCCAGAGAGGAUGCUGAUUGAGAGAGAUAUUUUUGGAUGGGAAGCAAUGAAUGUCAUUGCAUGUGAAGGUGCUGAGAGAAUUGAGAGGCCAGAGACAUACAAGCAGUACCAGGUUCGUGCUUUAAGGGCUGGGUUUAAGCAGCUUCCUUUGAGCCAGGAGAUCUUUGCGGUAGCGAAGGAGAAGGUAAAUGCACUAUACCAUAAGGAUUUUGUGAUUGAUGAAAAUAGCCAGUGGUUGCUCCAAGGAUGGAAGGGUCGGAUUGUUUAUGCACUCUCUUCAUGGAAGCCUGAUUCUUAAUGUGCUCCAUUCCAUAUUGGUAGGCAGAGGAUCACAAGUUUCUACUUGUGGUCAAUGUCCUGCUUAUGUGUAAUGAUGGUUUCUAUCAUGAAUUUCUGAUCAAUGAACUUAAGGUCAAGGCACUUACCUGGUAAAAAACCAAAAUUCCUCUCUCUUACUCUCUCUCUCUCUCUCUCUCUCUCUUCCUCACAGUACCAUUAGUAUUCCAUGUAAUGGGCACAUGAACUUGAGACUGAUAACUAUUUUACAUAUUUGCCGAGCAGGAAACUGGGAGUGGAGCUUUUGCUGUUGCUGAUUAUGAUGCUGUUACACGGCAAUCCUGUAGUUGCAUGUAGCAGCAGCAAUUAUCAAUUUGACAAGGAGAAAGAUUCAUCUGGUGUACAGGAAACCUGAUUCGUCUUAUAUCUCUGGUGGGAAUGGCUUAUACCAUGGUAAACAUAUGAAUGCAGGAAAAAAAAGGAAGAGAAAGGGAAGAAAAAAAUGGUGCCUGAACACUAUCUCAAUGUUUCAUCAAAGAUAAAUCUAAAUAAUGAUUAUAUUUAGGGUAUUCAUAGUAAUUUUUAGGAUUUGAUAAUUGAUUUUGAGGACUCUUUGCAUAGAAAAAGAUAAUGUAAAUGCAGUAUUGCCCUGGCUGUUCUUGUACUUGAAAAUUUUGUUGCAAGGGGCCAUCUUGACUAUGUGAUUUAAUUUAAGCAGUCCUUGUAUGGUUUUUCCUGUUUUACUAAUAAUCUUUCAACU